CCAUAACUUUACAGAUUCAUAAAAACGUUUGAUAUUUUGUUGCUAGAGAAGAUGGAACAUGAUGACAUUUGUAAUAAAACUCUGAAGAUUACAGACUUCGGUCUGGCUAGAGAGUGGCACAGAACAACCAAAAUGAGUGCAGCAGGGACUUAUGCAUGGAUGGCUCCAGAAGUUAUCAAAUCCUCCAUGUUUUCUAAAGGAAGUGAUAUUUGGAGUUAUGGAGUGUUGCUGUGGGAACUGCUUACAGGAGAAGUUCCUUACCGUGGCAUUGAUGGUCUUGCUGUGGCUUACGGAGUUGCUGUCAAUAAGCUUACUUUGCCCAUACCAUCCACCUGCCCUGAACCAUUUGCAAAAUUAAUGAAAGAAUGCUGGGAGCAGGACCCUCAUAUCCGACCAUCGUUUGCCUUAAUUCUUGAACAGCUUACUGCCAUUGAAGGGGCAGUUAUGACUGAAAUGCCUCAAGAGUCUUUCCAUUCCAUGCAAGAUGACUGGAAAUUGGAAAUUCAGCAGAUAUUCAAUGAAUUGAGGACCAAGGAGAAAGAGCUUCGAUCACGAGAAGAGGAGUUGACAAGAGCAGCUCUUCAGCAAAAAUCUCAAGAAGAAUUACUUAAGCGCCGUGAGCAACAGUUAGCAGAACGUGAGAUCGAUGUACUGGAGCGUGAGCUGAAUAUCAUGAUAUUCCAGUUAAAUCAAGAGAAACCCAAUGUAAAGAAGAGGAAGGGCAAAUUUAAAAGAAGCCGGUUAAAACUUAAAGAUGGACACAGAAUUAGUUUGCCUUCAGAUUUCCAGCACAAAAUAACAGUGCAGGCAUCCCCCAAUCUAGAUAAGAGGAGGAGUUUAAACAGUAACAGCUCUAGUCCAUCAAGUAGCCCCACAAUAAUUCCUCGUCUUCGAGCUAUACAACUGAUUUCCAAAACAGAUACACACACAGCUAAUGGCCGAAGAAACAGUGUAUAUGUGUACCAGCAAGAUGUAGAUAUCACAAGUGAAUAUGAACUUCCCAGUGGGGUUAUGAAAAAAGGCAAGAUUUCAUUAUGUUUCAAAGUAACUUCAGAUGAAAGCAACAGAACUUGGGGAAGGAGCACAACUUAUCACCAAGAAGAGUUUGAAGAUGUGAAGAGAAGUUUUAAAAAGAGAGGUUGUACCUGGGGACCAAGUUCAGUUCCAACAAAGGAUCGUGCAGAUUGUAAGGACAAAGUAAGACCCCUUUCAGAUGGCAGCAACCCUUGGUCAACACUUUUAAUGAAAAAUCAGAAGGGUGUUCCUUUAGCUUCACUAUUUGUGGACCAAGGUGUCUGUACUGAUAAGAAACUUUUCCCUGAAGGUUUGGACAGUAAAAGACCAAAGCCAAUUAAGUUGCCAAAUCAGGCCUAUAUUAAUCUACCUCUUUGGAAAGAUGAUCAGGGAGAGAAUGCAGUAGAACAUGAGAGCUUUGAAGAAGGAACCUCUGCUAGUUCUACAAAUAGUACUCCUCAAAUGACACCAACAAACAGUCUGAGCAGGACACUGCAGAAAAAGAAGACUGAUUCAGUGCUGUAUGGGUGUGCUGUCCUCCUUGCAUCAGUUGCUCUUGGCAUAGAUAUCAGAGCGCUGAACAAAUCGCAGAGUCCAGAUGAACUCUUGCCUAAAGAUGAGAAGAAGAAGCGUGAUGGAAUAUUUCAGCGUGCUUCAAAAUUUCGCAGGAGUGCCAGUCCUACAAGACAGCAGUCCAAGAAAGAGGAAAUAAGUAUUCCAUCCCUAAAUACAGCUGCAAAUACUGUGAAUCUUCUCUCUAUGCCCUCCAUUUCGACAAAAUGCCUGCUUCAAUCUGACAGUGAAGAUGCGUUUGUAAGCACUGUGCUUGGUGAUUGUGGUUCACAUAGUUCCACUGUUGACUUUUCAUCUGAAACUUCUCAAAGUAAAAGAGAACAGAGGAUACAGCUGGCUCCUAACACAGUUUCUACACGAUUAAAAAAUCAGCCUUUUAAUCUUUGUCUGAAACAAGAAUUUCAAAAUGUGCCAAAUGAUUCCUCGACAAAAUUGAGUGUGUUGGGUCACAGACGAACCUUAUCAGAUGGGAGCAAUUUUAAGACCACAGCUAAUGGAUUUGCUUCAACCAAUGAUGUCUCCACGUUACCAGUUCUCUCAGUUACUGGAACUCUGCACUCUCCGUCUGUUCAACAAAGAAGCAAUCACAGUGGUGGUUCAACUGAAAAGCAAAGCGCUGUCAAUAUUAUAUCAAGGCCUCGACCUUCUUCUCUAAGAAGUAAAAUUGAUGCAUGGCAGAUUAUUCCACAUAUUAUUAAACCAAACUCUAAAGACUCUGAAUAUUUAGAGGGCAAUGUAGAUCCAAAUGUUAACUUCUUGCCAGAUACUGAGGAAAGAACUAACUGCCACAUGCCCUCAUUACUUGAUAUUGAUGUGGAAGGUCAAAACAGAGACUGUACUGUGCCUUUAUGUAGAAUGAAGAGCAAAACUUGUCGGCCAUCUAUAUAUGAACUGGAGAGAGAGUUUCUGUCGUGAGUGCCUUUCAUUUUAAAAAUAUUUGCUUUUUAAAGGGGAACAAAUACAAAAUUCUUGUCC